UAACGGUCAAAUUUAUAUUUCUUUUAAAAUAAAGUGGAAGAAGAAAGCGAGUCGCCAACGGACAACGCGUCAGAAAGGAAAAAAAGGCGAAAAGAGGGGGGAAAAAAAGUAAAAGAGGACAUUAAAAACAAGGUGCACCGUACAUCUGUGCUGAGGCUUUCUGGACGUGGCGUAGUAUGGCUGGCACUUAUAUCAAGCUGGCCACUCUCGUCCCGUGCGCGUGGAUACUCGCUAUGCUUCUCGAUCCCAGCGUUCAAAACGGGGCCGUAGCCGGACACAGAGAACCUCUUCCUGAUGACAGCAAAGACAACAUCACCAUUUUUACACGGAUCCUGGAUCGCUUGCUCGACGGCUAUGAUAACAGGCUGCGCCCCGGCCUGGGAGAGAGUGUUACUGAAGUACGGACCAACAUCUAUGUGACCAGUUUUGGACCGGUCUCAGACACAGACAUGGAAUACACGAUUGAUGUGUUCUUUCGGCAGAGCUGGCGGGAUGAGAGGCUAAAGUUUGAUGGGCCCAUGCAGGUUCUUCCACUCAACAACCUGCUGGCCAGCAAGAUCUGGACACCCGAUACCUUUUUUCACAAUGGGAAGAAGUCAGUGGCCCACAACAUGACCACUCCUAAUAAACUCCUUCGACUGGUGGACAACGGGACCCUGCUGUACACCAUGAGAUUAACCAUUCACGCCGAGUGCCCCAUGCAUCUGGAGGAUUUUCCAAUGGAUGCCCAUGCCUGCCCACUCAAGUUUGGAAGCUAUGCUUAUACUAACAACGAGGUGGUCUACAUCUGGACAGCAGAUGACAUGUCUGUGGCUGUGGCUCCUGACGGCUCCCGUCUUAACCAGUACGACCUGCUGGGUCAUGUCAUAGGAAAAGAGACCAUCAGCUCAAGCACAGGAGAAUAUGUGGUGAUGACAACACAUUUCCAUUUGAAAAGGAAAAUCGGCUAUUUUGUGAUUCAGACGUAUCUGCCCUGCAUCAUGACAGUCAUUCUUUCCCAGGUUUCCUUCUGGCUCAACCGUGAAUCUGUGCCAGCACGUACCGUUUUUGGUGUCACCACUGUUCUGACCAUGACCACGCUAAGCAUCAGCGCCAGAAAUUCUCUACCAAAGGUGGCCUACGCCACGGCGAUGGACUGGUUCAUGGCUGUGUGUUACGCCUUUGUCUUCUCUGCCCUCAUCGAGUUUGCCACUGUCAACUACUUCACCAAGCGCAGCUGGGCUUGGGAUGGCCAGAAAGAAAUCCAGGAGAACAGGAGACGUGAAUCAGCAACCUUCUCCAAAAAGACCAACAACACGUUCAACAUUGUUGGCACUACAUACGCAAUGAACGUAGUCAAGGAGCCGGGACUAACCACCAUCGCCAAGAGCGCCUCGAACGCGGCUUCGGCCCCUUCCCCGGCCCCGCAACCGCAAGUCCGGCUCUCCAGGAUGGAUGGCGAGUACAUCGAAGAAGGCAUGAAGAAGUCCUACAACCGGGUCAGCAAAGUGGACAAGAUCUCCCGCAUCAUCUUUCCUGUGCUUUUCUUCAUCUUUAACCUGGCCUACUGGGCCACCUACGUCAACAUAAAGCCAAUUAUGAAAAGGUCCAACAACCAGGGAUAAACCUGAAACAGCCUGAGCAACUUA